GCGGUGUCGUCGUUACGACAACUUUCUGGAGGUCCUUGGUCGGACCAUCGAAGACUCAAACACUAUCGACCGACACGGCCAUUUAAAGAUGUCGAUUAUUUCCUCGGUGCCAUCAUUGCCUUCACUAUUGGUGAGCGCUUUGUCCGGAAGAGGUCAAUCCUGCUGGGCACCACAAUCAUGUCGGUCGGAACGAUCCUUCAAGCCGGCUCAUUCAGUCUUCCGCGGAUGUUCGUCGGACGUGUGGUACUUGGAGUCGGUAACAGAAUCAACACUGCAACGGCCUCAAUCUGGCAAACCGAGACAUCCCCUCCGUGGUGGGCUGGAAAGCUCGUCAUGCUUGAGAUGGUCAUGAAUAUUGCUGGUUUUGCUCUCGUUAACUGGAUCAAUUACGGCCUACCAGCCUACCAUUCCGGUGUGGUGCGAUUGCCUGAAGUCUGCCGAUUGCACUGCAGUUCUUUUUUAUCAUCAUUCUGUUUACUACCGUUCCAUGGCUUCCCGAGUCUCCAAGAUGGCUCAUGUCGCACGGCGAUGAAAUCGCGGCCAUCGAGCAUCCACUAUGAGCGCCAGAAUUCCAUCGGACGGUCGCAACUUAUUUUCAACUGGAAGAAGAACAUCGCCCCAAAGACUAUGCGCAGAUUGCCUCUCGGAGCUGGCACGCAAUUUAUGCAGCAGCUUCAAGGAAUCAACAUCAUGUCUUACAACCUGCCGACUGUUCUGAUCGACGCCUUCGGUCUCUCUAAUAGAAUGCCACGACUCCUCACUGCCUGCAACUCGGUCUCAUACUUUGUCUUCACCUGUGCAUCUGCCCCACUGGUUGAACGUUGGGGACGACGGGGUCUUAUGUUGCUCUCCACUGCAGGGCAAUUCCUUGCUUUCUUGAUAAUCACGAUCUUGCUGCGAUAUACUGAUGGCAACGAAAAGGUCGCUGAAGGCUCUAUUGUCUUCUUCUUCCUCUUAUAUAUUGCAUUUGGCUUGGGAAUGUUGGGAAUUCCUUGGCUUUAUCCAACCGAAAUCAGUUCACUGCCGAUGCGAACCAAGAGUGCUGCGGUGGCAACUGCAACAAACUGGAUUUGCAACUUCGUCAUCGUCGAAAUCACGCCCAUCGGCAACCAAAACAUCGGAUGGCGAUUCUGGAUCGUAUGGUCUGUAUUAAGCGCCGCCUUUAUCUCAGUCAUCUACUUCUUCUACCCAGAAACAGCGAAUUGCUCCCUCGAAGAUCUGAACAUCUACUACCGUUCCAACCCAUCCCCGAUCGUCACCAAAGACCUCGACGCCGUCUGCGUCCAGCGACCGAUGAAAUACAUCCAGCACGAAGAGGAGGAGAUAAUGAAGAACGCCAAGUCGACAGGCGUGAACCAGGACAAGGCGCACGCGGAACAUGCGGAGUAA